AUGAGUAAAUCAUCAGUACCGGAUACGAAACAAAUUCAGUACGAUCGUCAACUUCGUCUAUGGGGUGAUCAUGGUCAGAAGGCAUUAGAAUCCGGCCGUGUUUGUCUAAUUGGUGCAAAUGCUUUGGGAACAGAAAUUCUCAAAGCACUUGUUCUACCGGGUCUCGGUUCGUUCACGAUCAUCGACCAUCAAUCCGUUACAUUAGCCGAUUGUGGUUCGAAUUUUUUUGUUCAUCCUUCGAUGGUUGAUCAGCCACGCGCUCGGAUUACCUGUGAAUUCCUUUCUCAGCUCAAUCCGGAUGUUCGUGGAACAUAUAUCGAUAAACCAUCUAUAGAUGAACUACUCAAACAAAAUACAUUCGAUUUUAGCCAAUUUAGCGUAGUUAUCACCGCGAAUCUUCCAUAUAAGACGUUAUCUAUUCUUGCUAGUCUUUUAUGGACAAUUAAAGUACCUCUACUUAUCGCACGAAACUAUGGUUUUAUUGGUAUGAUUCGCCUUCAAGUAGUCGAACAUUAUGUAAUCGAGGCUCAUCCUGAUGAUACGAUACCUGAUCUUCGUCUUGAUCGACCAUUGACAAGAUUUGUUGAGCAUUGCAAUUCGAUUGAUUUCGAUUCUCUGACGCGAGAAGAACAUCUACAUCUGCCAUCAUUGAUAAUCCUUUAUAAAGCUUUACAACUGUGGCAAAAACAAACACAUCGAAGUGACUUACCUCGCACACGUAGUGAAAAGGACGAAUUCAAGCAAAUCCUCGAACAAUUAUCCCACCAUUCAGCGUAUGACACGCAAGAUCAACAUAAAUCUUUAGAGAAUUUCGAGGAGGCUAAACGAACUGUUCCAUCACGUCUUGUCACUGCAAAUCUUCCAGCGACAAUUAAAGAUCUAUUUCAAGACCAUGCAUGUUUAGAACUAACUUCUCAAUCGAAUAUUUUCUGGUUUAUUGUUCACGCAUUGAAACAAUUCACUGAAAAUGAAGGACAAGGUCUAUUACCAGUUCGUGGGGAUGUGCCGGAUAUGAUAACCAGUACAAAUUCGUACGUUAAGCUGCUCGAAAUUUUUCAGGGACAAGCGCAAAAAGACCGUGAAAUUGUUCAUAAUUAUUUGCUUGAUCUAUUGGAAAAGCAUAAACGAAUGUCGAAUGAUUGUAUCAAUUUGUAUCCUCUCGUUGAAAUCUAUUGUAAAAAUGCGGCUUUUCUCAAAGUAUUACGAACAUCUGCAUUGAAACAAAUAGAUGAAUUCAAAGAAGAAACAAGUUCUAAUCUCUCUUGGUACAUUGGUUUACAUUUCUGUGAUUUAUUCUAUGAAAAAUACGAUCGUUAUCCUGGAGAAUAUCUUUCUGAUUCUGAACAAUUCGAUGUCGAUCUCGAUGAUUUAAAAGAACUCCACAAACAACGUUCAAAUAAGUCUCUCACCAGUGGAGAUAUACAAUCAAUUCUUGAAGAAUUAUGUCGGUACGGUGCAUCAGAAAUUCAUUCUAUUGCUGCUUUUGUCGGUGGAUGUUGUGCUCAAGAAGCAAUCAAAUUAAUUACGCAUCAAUAUGUUCCCAUCGAUAAUACGAUGGUUUACAAUGGUAUUGAACAAUCGAUCAGCGUGUUCAAACUUUAG